AUGAUGCUUGGCGCAGUUCGCCGUUAUGGCGUUGUCCACGCUCUGCGAGCCUCCGUCCCCCGGGCCCUCUGCAGACCGUCGAAUUCGCAUCUCUUAAGAUGCCAGACUUCUCCCGUCACAGCCUUCCCUCAGUCCGUUCGAUUGCUGCAUAAGUCGUCGCCUUUCUUUUCAUCGGCGUCCGCUCAAGCACAGGCGCAACCUGAUGACUUCGAGCCGGCUGCUCCGCAGGAGCCAUUGACCGAGUUCGCCGACUUGGCUGAGCAGGGACUGGUGGACCCAAAAAUCAUUCGCGCAAUUGUUAAAGAUAUGAAAAUCAAAACUAUGACCGAUGUCCAAAGCCAGACCUUGCGUGAAAUUCUGCAAGGAGAUGAUGUUUUGGCCCAGGCAAAGACCGGUACUGGAAAAACCCUUGCCUUUCUCACGCCGGUAUUUCAGAAUAUCAUGAAAGACCCGUCCUCCUUAAAGGGGCUGAACCGGAAGCGGUCACAGGUGACUUCCUCCGACAUUCGCGCGAUUAUCAUCUCCCCUACUCGCGAGCUGGCAGAGCAGAUUGCUGUGGAGGCUCGGAGGUUAGCGGCUCACUCGGGUGUCAUUGUGCAGACUGCAGUUGGUGGCACUCAGAAGCGCGAGGGUCUUCGUCGCAUCCAAAGAGAGGGAUGCCAUGUGUUGAUCGGCACUCCAGGUCGGCUCAAGGAUGUCCUCUCCGACACUUACAAUGGUGUCACGGCCCCCAAUCUGUCCACUCUGGUACUGGACGAAGCAGAUCGUUUGCUGGAUGAUGGGUUCUCGGAAGAUAUCAUCCAGAUCCAGCGUCUUCUUCCGGACCCCAUGAAGGUCGACCGUCAAACGCUCAUGUUCUCCGCGACGGUUCCAAAGGAAGUCAUGCGAAUGGUCCGUCAGACCAUGAAGCCUAACUUCAAGUUCGUCAAGACCGUGCGAGAUGACGAAGUCCCUACGCAUCUCACAGUUCCUCAGAAAUACGUUAUUCUCAGAGGCUACGAGAAUGCCAUGCCUGCUCUUCUUGAGUUUGUGACGAAAUACGUCGAAGGGGAAAAGGAGAAUCCGAAUCAGCGCCCGUUCAAGGCAAUUGUCUAUUUCAACUCAACCGUGCAGACUAAUUUGGUCUAUGAGACUUUCCGCAACAUAGUCGAGCAGCGUCAUCAUCCGCUACGCCGGGCGGGUGUUCGUGUCUACGAAAUUCAUUCCCAGCUUACUCAGGCUCGGAGAACACGCUCCUCUGACUUUUUCCGGGCCGCUAAGUCUGCCAUCCUUUUCUCGUCCGAUGUGACAGCUCGUGGCAUGGACUUCCCCGAUGUGACUCACGUGUUCCAAAUCAGUAUCCCCAGGGACCGAGCCACCUACGUUCAUCGUCUGGGCCGCACGGCGCGUGCAAAUAAGACCGGCGAGGGCUGGGUUCUCACACACCGAGGAGAGCUGCCUGAGUUCGACAAGCAACUAGAAGGCAUCCCAAUCAACCUGGACAGGCAGACCUUCACGACGGCUGAGGUCGAUAUGAGCAAGCCCGACCUCGACCCCGAGUCCCCCGCAACUAAAUUUAUCAAGGAGGUCAAGGAAGCCGUGCAAGAAGUUCCAGAAGACCUGAAGAGGCGAGCAUACAUGGCCCAAGUUGGCCCCUUGAGAGGUUAUUUUGCUCGCAAGCGGGACCUGAUCCAGGCCAUCAACAACUGUGUUGUGCACGGCUAUGGCCUGCCUGAACCUCCAUACAUGAGUCCGACCACUGCCCGUAAUCUGGGACUCGAUCGAGUACCUGGUGUUCGUGUUGCGGACAACCGCCGUUCCAGCGACGACAUGUCGACCGGACGUGACUAUCGCAGAGGCGAUCGCGAUAACUACGCUGGUAACUCUCGCCGUGACCGCGGGUUCAAUUCCGACCGCCGAGAGUCAAGGUUUGGCAAUCGCCGCAACGCCGAUGAUUUCUCCAGAGGCCGCCGACAUGCCGACAGAGACAGCUACUAG